UUCUGGCUGAGAAUACCCAAUUUGUAUACACAGUUGCCCGUGUGGGUCCACCGCCAACGCCUUUCGCCGUCCACAAUUACCCAAUCACAGCAAACCUAACAAAACUCACAAUUCUCCGAUCAACAACUUCGCCGGCAACCGGUUACCGGCGAGGCCGUACCUUCUCCUGUAGAUCUAGAUUCUAGAAACUUCGUAAAAAUUAUCAAUUUUCAAAAUCUCCUAGUCUAGAGAUUCUAGAACAACAACAUAACCAGUGUAAUCUUCGUGAAAAUUUAUCAUUCUGCAAAUCUCUGAGUCUAGAGAUUCUAGAACAACAACGACAUAUCCAGUGUAAGCUUCGUAAAAAUUAUCAAUUUGCGAAUCUCUGAGUCUAGAUUCUAGAGCAACAAUAGCAUAUCCAGUGUAAAACUUCGUGAAAAUUAUCAAUUUAUCAAUCUCCGAGUCUAGAUUCUAGAAGCUUCGUUGAAAAUUAUCAAUUUGCAAAAUCUCCGAGUCUAGAGAUUCUAGAAGCUUCCUGUAAAUUAUCAAUCUCCGAGUCUAGAUUAGAGAAGUUUCUUGUAAAUUAUCAAUAUCCGGUCCGUCUAAAUUCUAGAAGCUUCCUGUGAAUUAUCAAUCUCCGAGCCUAGAUUAGAAGCUUCGAGAAAAUUAUCUAUCUCCGAGCCUAGAUUAGAAGCUUCGAGAAAAUUAUCUAUCUACGAGUCUAGAUUCUAGAAGCUUCGUGAAAAUUAUCUAUCUACGAGUCUAGAUUCUAGAAGCUUCCUGUAAAUUAUCAAUCUCCGAGUUUAGAUUCUAGAAAGUUCGUGAAAAUUAUCUUAUCAAAUGAACGAAGUGCUUACAGCAUCCGAUGCAUCUUCAAGUGCGCGGUCGUAUACAUCGGCAAUUUCACCUGCAAAUGUACCUCUCAUUUCAGCAUUCCUUGCUUGUGCUAUUGCUCAAUUCCUCAAGCUCUUCACUACCUGGUAUAAGGAGAAGAGAUGGGAUUCAAAAAGGAUGCUUAGCUCUGGUGGAAUGCCAUCAUCACAUUCAGCAACUGUUACUGCACUGAUAACGGCAAUUUAUUUACAAGAAGGUGCUGGAGGAUCCGCUUUUGCGAUUGCUGUGGUUUUGGCAUGUGUUGUAAUGUAUGAUGCUACUGGUGUUAGGCUUCAUGCUGGUCGCCAAGCUGAGUUGUUGAAUCAGAUAGUGUGUGAAUUGCCUCCUGAGCAUCCUGUGGCCAAUGUUAGACCUCUGCGAGAUUCGCUUGGUCACACUCCCCUUCAGGUUCUUGCUGGUGCAGUGCUGGGAUGUGUAGUGCCAUAUUUGCUGAGAAGUUCAAUCUAGAGUUUAACUUUAUCAUCUCCCUUCAAAUACUCAGUAAAUAUUGAAACGUUCCCAAGCUAUUAAAGCUGGAAUCAACAUCACUACCAAGCCACACCAGAUAACCAGGGAGAAUUUCAUGUGAAUUUAUCCUUUCUUCACCUUGUUGGCAAAGAGGAAAAGAAGAAGAUGAUGGAAAAGUGGGGUGGUGGGAAAUGGUGUGUACUGUUCGUGACUUUGACUCAGUUAAUCACCUGUACUUGUUUGUUUUAUAUUCAACUUGCAACUUGCAAGCCAUUUUUUUCUGAUUGCUGAAUAGCUGGGUUACUUGGGGAUCAAUCAUCAAAAUUAUCUUUGACACAAAAACGACGGUACUGUCGGUAUAUGUCACAACUUUCAUUUGUCUGCGUGUGGAUAUUUUCUAUUCAGAUCUUUAGAUGUUAAGAAGGGCACGUAUCAAAUUCA